UUUGAAGUCACGUGUUUCCGGUGGAUCAAUUUUUCUUCCUGGUUCGAUGUAGCCACUGACUAUGAAUGUUAGCUACUUCUCUGACUACUGAUCUUACAGCCAGCAGUCAGUUUCUUGUUCAGUCAGGUCUCAGUGAUGUUAUGAAGAUGUCUGAUCACAGAAACAUCAGACACCACAAGGAUGAUGAUGAUGAUGUGUUAGAGCUUUCAGCCAGCGAUGAAUCUGAGCCUGAAGAAGCACCAAGAGAGGCUCCGUUUGACCCAGAGCUGGAUCACAGUGAUGAAGACGGGGAGGUGAUGACUUCUGUUUCACCUUCUGCUCCCGCAGCGCAGAGUUCUUUCAGUCUUAGCGGAGCAAGUUCAGGCUUCUCAUUCCGCAGCCGCAGCAUCUUUGACUGCCUGGACAGUGUAGAAAAGCGCUCUGUCACUCCGCGGAACCAAGGAAACUCAGCAGAAAGCAGGAAGACCAGUCACCCUCCUUCCACUUCUCCCAUACCACAGAAGAAGAGAGGAGUCCCAGACUAUCUGGUGCACCCCGAGCGAUGGACACGCUACAGCCUGGAGGAUGUAGCAGAGAGCAGCGAUCAAGACAACAGGAGAGCAGCUCACCAGUUUUUGUCAGGUCUGCAUCAGGAGACAAAAAGUGAUCCUCGCUGUGACGUCCAGAAGAGGAUGAUCUUCUCCAGACCAAAGCGGCUCUCGAAAGAGCAGGUGGCUGUGCAGCUGCCACCUGAUCUGCAGGAAAAGGAGAAGGCGUUACAGCUGAGUCACCUGGCUGAGGAGGAUGAGGAUAAUGAAGGCAGAGAAAGAGCGGAGGUUGGAGAUACAACAGAAAAAUCAAAACAAGGAAAGAAAAAUAAAGAGAAAAGCAUGGGUGAACCUGUUCUGGAUGAGGAGAAUGAGUUAAGUGAGUCCAAAGUUAACUUCACUUCCUUCAGGAAGACUUCGGCAAAGAACUACAGAAGAAAUUCUGGAGAAAAAGAGGACUGACUUCUGAAUGGAUGCAACACUAAAGGUUUUCUGACCUGUCAGACAGCAGUACUCCUUCGGCACAGAGCUUCCAUUUCAUCCAAUCAUUUCUUGGGUGGAGCACGCAUGAUGGAUUCAUAAGAUGAUUUUACAUUAUUUAGAGGAAAACUAAGAAUCCUCUUUUCUUGUUUUUACAAAUGAAGUAAAGCGUUAAGAAACUUCAUUGUUUUAAGCAUCUGUAAGUGGCGUAGUGUAAUUCUAACCAGAUUUGACGUGUCCUACUACUUAGAAAAAAAGAUUAAAAAUGUUCUUUUUUAAAAAUUUUUUUAUUUUUCAAAGUAGAAUAAAAGUUCCAUACUCCUCAA